AUUGAUUGGCUUAGUAUUGAUUGCGACACAGCAGAAGACCGAUAUGGCUCUAACAAACGGCGCGGUUGUGGCAACAGAUAUCAAAGCGUCGGCUUUGGAACUGAUCGGCAACACGCCAUUGGUGGCAUUGGACCGCUUGCACCCAGGACCUGGGCGAAUUUUAGCAAAAUGUGAAUUUAUGAAUCCCGGAGCAUCGAUCAAAUGUCGUUCAGCAUUGCACAUGAUUCAAAAAGCAAAAGAAAGUGGCGAAUUAAAAGAAGGGGCUCCCGUUCUCGAGGUAACAUCAGGAAAUCAAGGUGUUGGUCUUGCAAUCGUCUGUGCCAUUGAGGGGCAUCCUCUGACACUAACUAUGUCUAAAGGAAACAGCCUGCAAAGAGCCCUUCAUAUGGAGGCUCUGGGAGCAAAAUGUGUAAGAGUACCACAAGUAGAGGGCACCUAUGGCAACGUGACUCUUGCGGAUGUAAAAGCCGCUGAGGCAGUAGGCAUGAAGAUUAUUGAUGAAACUGGUGCUUACUACGUGAAUCAAUUUAAUAACCAGGAAAAUGCAAAUGCACAUUAUGUAACUACCGGACCUGAAAUUUGGAAACAAACCGGCCAUCGCGUCGAUGCAUUUGUGGCCACGGUGGGAACAGCUGGAACCUUUACUGGUGCAUCUAGGUAUUUGAAGGAAAAGAAUCCCAAUAUAAAAUGCUUUGUUGUGGAGCCUGAAGGGUCUCAGCCUAUUGCGGGUUGUAAAAUUUCUAAACCUUUGCACUUAUUGCAAGGUUCAGGUUAUGGGUGUGUACCAAAUUUGUUCAAUUUUGAUACUUUGGAUGAACCGCUUAGCGUGACUGAUGAAGAAACUCUUCAUUACAAGAAAUUAGUGGGAGAAAAAGAAGGACUUUACGUCGGAUACACAAGUGCCGCAAAUGUCGCUGCAGCUGUUAAGUUGUUAAAUUCCGGAAAAAUACCUGAAGACUCGUGGGUUGUGACAAUUCUCAAUGACACCGGGCUUAAAUACACGCCCGUAGCAGGUGAAUCUAAUUAAUGCAAGAUAUAUUUUAUUUAGUUGUGCUAUUAUAUAUAAUUAGUUGUUAGAAAUUGUGAGUAAAUUAUAAGUAUUAACGAAACGCAAAUAAUGUUAGAAAUUUAACUUUGAAAUAUUGUUAGAUGUUUAUAAAACAUUUUAUGUUAGCGAGUGAUUUAAAUUAGGUAUUUUAUAAUUUUAUUGAUUUUUGAAUAAAUAAAUUAUUUUACAAAAAAA